UAUCGCGCGCGCGCACACGGACGGGCGUCAGUUCCCGGUCUGCGCUUGCCCUGUAACCGCUCUCGUAGUCGCAAUUCGCAAGCGCGCGGCGGUCCCCCACCCGAGCAACCGCUGUAGCCUCCGGUUCGAUAUUAUUAUUCGUUGUAAUUUGCCGCGAGCGCGCGCGCCAGUUCGGUGUUUAUAUUAAUCCGUCGCCGGUCGUGUCAUUAUCGCCGUUGUCGUAGGUUCUUCGGACGCGGUUUCCCAAAUAAAUCACCCGGAUUACUUUUCGUCCCCCCCCUCACAGCACGCAGAGCCGUAUUUUUCAAAGUGCGCGAGUUUUUGCGUUAGUCUGCGAGUGCGUGCGGAAAAGUUUUCCCGGUACACGUCGUAAGAGUUCGCGUCCGAAAGUCUGCGGCCCACGGCCUGUCCACCGGGUGCGGUAGCCUGCGAGUCACCGCCGCUGUCGUCGUCGUCGUCGUCUUCUUGACAGACACCUUCAGCCUCAAGAUAUUUACCGUAACAUGCGUCACUUCGCGUACUACCGAAGAUGGUAUCGAUGACCGGCACAAUACCGGUACGGCACCGUUGCGGUUAACGGCGGUCGGUGGUGCGAUUCCGUCCCGGCGCGUAUAAUAGCCGCGCGCAUUAAGAUUUCAGCCCUAGCGAAAGUCGGCCGGAAGAUGGGCUGCGCUAUGUCGGCGGAGGAACGGGCCGCCCUGGCCCGGAGCAGGCAGAUCGAGAGGAACCUCAGGGAGGACGGCCUGCAGGCGGCCAAAGACAUAAAACUGCUGUUGUUAGGUGCUGGAGAAUCAGGGAAAAGUACAAUAGUCAAACAGAUGAAAAUUAUUCACGAGAGCGGUUUCACGUCAGAAGACUUCAAACAAUACAGGCCUGUGGUAUUCAGCAACACAGUUCAAUCGCUGGUUGCCAUAUUGAGAGCAAUGCCAAAUCUUGGAAUUGGAUUCGGCACCAACGAACGGGAGGUAAGAAAAACUGAUGCGAAAAUGGUAUUGGAUGUAAUACAAAGGAUGGAAGACACUGAACCAUUCUCGGAAGAAUUGCUGACUGCUAUGAAGAGACUGUGGGCCGAUCCUGGUGUACAAAUGUGCUUUUCUCGGUCAAAUGAAUAUCAGCUCAACGAUUCUGCUAAAUAUUUUCUGGACGAUUUGGAUAGGUUAGGGUCCAAAGAUUACCAGCCCACUGAACAGGAUAUACUGCGUACCAGAGUAAAAACCACUGGUAUUGUGGAAGUGCAUUUUUCUUUUAAAAAUCUUAAUUUCAAAUUGUUUGACGUUGGUGGUCAGCGAUCAGAAAGGAAAAAAUGGAUUCAUUGCUUCGAAGAUGUCACGGCGAUAAUAUUUUGUGUUGCCAUGUCAGAGUACGACCAAGUGCUCCACGAAGACGAAACAACGAACCGGAUGCAAGAGAGUUUAAAGCUUUUUGAUUCAAUCUGCAACAAUAAAUGGUUUACCGACACGUCUAUCAUAUUGUUCUUGAACAAAAAGGACUUGUUCGAAGAGAAAAUCAAGAAAUCACCGCUCACAAUAUGUUUCCCAGAAUACGCAGGUGCCCAAGAGUACGGAGAAGCUGCUGCCUAUAUCCAGGCGCAGUUCGAAGCCAAGAACAAAUCCACCACCAAAGAGAUCUACUGUCACAUGACAUGUGCGACGGACACAAAUAACAUACAGUUUGUGUUCGACGCCGUCACAGACGUCAUCAUCGCCAACAACCUAAGAGGAUGUGGACUGUAUUAGAUCAUACUGCGGCGCCGUUUAAGCAGUUUACACGCGUAAAAGGUUUGAUUUUAAGUACAUGAAAUUCAAUGCACAUAUUUCCAAAAUGGCCGGGUUCGGUGUUCAUGUUAAUUUAAGGAGACGCAUCGUACAAUAUGAAAUACACAUACGCACACAUAUUACCUAAAAAAAAAAUGUACCAUAAACGUGUUACCUAUCCUUUUUAUUUUAUUUUAAGUUUUGAACCAAUUUUAA